GUCAAUAUCACCCCACCUCUUCAUUUCUGAAUCACUAUCAACCCAGAGACUUUCAAGGAACGUGAUAGACAAUUCAUCAGUAAUACUUUUCACCUCCAAUGUUACUCUCACAGCCGUGACUGUAUUCAUAUAGACUCAGUCCAUACUAUUGUUCCAUUAAUCUACGCAACCUGCCCCCCAUGGACUCCCCAUUUAGUCUCUCCACCAACACUCCCUCUCGCUCCACAUCUACCUCCAGGCCUAACAGCGCAAAUAAGAACACUCGCACUUCUGGCUCGAAAGCCAAAUCCUCCAGUUACACACUUCUAAAACAAGAUCAGCAAGCUCGGAAUAAAGAACCCGAUGAUGACAAUUAUGAUGAGGACUCCUCGGAUGAGGACUUGACAGGAGCAAGUUAUGAUUUAUUCGGGAACGAAUCGUAUAUUAGUGUACAAAUACGAAGAGAAGCCGUAGCCGUACUCGACAACCCAGAACUGUUAAUGAUGCACGCAGCAGCCCGCAACGAUUCCAUCCCCUCUACACGUCUGUACUUUCUUCAACGUUUGUCUGGCCGACCAGAAACCCCAGCUCAAGAAAAAGAUGCUGCGGAACAUCGCCUAGCUCAACUUAAAAAACUAGCCAAAAAGCGUGAUCUGGCUGAUGCUGAAAAGAGUUCUGGCUCAAUCUCGAAGGGACGAACAAAUUGAAAUGUAUGCAUGGAAAUUCAAACUGUUACUCCGCCUGUAGUAUACCAAACCUCGAUAUUAACGCGAAUCCGAAUCUUGUCUGCCAGGAGGGGCUUCAUGCAAAUUAGCUUGGAUGUGUUGGUAGCUGAAAAACUGGCUGGCAGGUCGUGAGAUGAAGGAGUAGGACAAAUGUGAGUUGGCCACCUGGUAUGAAUGGACUUAUCUUUCUGGGCAUUUGACCGGAAAUUCGGAGACAACAUUGGCUCGUAGGAGUGACACCGGAACAGGUCUGAUGGAUAUGCUUACUUUAUGUAACGACUAAUCGUACAAUAUCAAUUGGAAAUGCUUCACAGACACCACUAGUAUGAACGCGAGAGGUUCCACACGAAAUAUUACUUUCUGCA